AUGAUCAAAAUUUACAAAAUGCUAGUGUAUUUAACCAUUGAGGCCGAAAAUUAUAAUCUGUAAUAAAUGUUAAGGGGGAUCGUUACGUAACAUUAUAAAUUAUUAAGUUUUACUCGUCUGGAACAUCAUUAUCUCUAAUAAUACAUGCGAUUUAAACAAAAAUAAAAUAAAACAUAAAUCAGUAAUUUAUGUUAUAAUUAUAAUUUAAUGAAACCAUAGUGCAUCCUUUUAUGUUUACUGUUUUUUUUCUUCCCUGCAAAGUGUAAAGUGAGGACUGAGGAGGGAUGAGUUCGUCCUCUCCACAACGUUCUCGCGGCGACGGCGAGAAAAGGCCCAGAUUUUUCGACUCAAACGCGAAGGCCAUCUGUUGGUCUAAAGCUGAUACUGUCCCCGGCCGUCACCCUGAGAGGUGGCGCAAAGACGCCGCCGGUAACGUUGUCUGCAAACGUUUCUUCAACUGCAUCGGCUGCCUCUGCUACGAGUACGAUCACAUCAUUCCCUUUUCCAAAGGUGGUGAGUCCACUGCGGAUAAUUGCCAAAUACUUCAAUCAAGAGUUAACAGACUCAAAUCGGACAAAUAUAACAUUGAUUCGGAUCAAUUGAAAGACUACUCCUGUGAGGUUAAUUUUACUGAUAAGGAACUUGAUAUUAUUGAGAUGGCUGUUUAUGGCGAUGUGAUGCGGCCAGGAAACCAGUGUCGUUGCAGAACUAUUGCUGAAAAGCUUGGCAAAUUUAAACCAAAGGAUGACACAGAUGCAUGUAAGUUGCCAUAGAAGAAUGAAUCUUAGCUGUAGCAAUCAACUCUGCAACAUACAUGUAUUUAAAAAGAAGCUCCUGUCCACUCCCUUAAUUUUUAGACAAAAAAAUAACAGUUGUUUCACUUUCUAUCAUUUAAUCUCGUGUGAUCAUUGACAUCUAGACGAGUUGUUAAACACAAUUCGAGGCUUCUGAUUUCUUUAAAGUGAACUCUAAAGCAAGAGGAAAAAGGAAAAAUCUAUAUUUAUCAACGACUAAUAAAUCAACAACUUAUAUUUUAA